AUGCUGAAACGAAGAAGGAAUUGCAGCAGUAGCACUUGUCUACCAUGUUGCAUGAUAGCCUUUUGGCUCGUGUUUCUUGUGCUUUUCCAUUCAAACCACGUGGUACAUUCGGAGAUCAAGUCUUCUCCAAGAGCGGCCCAACAACAUCAUCGUUUUUCUCAUGCUUUGGAUGGUAUAAAUCUAUUGGGUAGCAGCUCCAAGAAUUUUGUGGAUUCAUUCAUGACUCUUGCUCAACGUCAUGAUGAUUUCAAUGAGAGAAUGGUCCUCGUCGAUGUUUAUAUCAAACAGCAGGUCAUCUUGACUUCAUACCAUCUCAAUGAAUUUAAAAAAGAAUUUAAUCACGUGUUGAACGAUGCUUCAGGAGGACGAGAAGAACACCAUGUACCACCAACAUGGAAUGUCGUUGCAGGUUCAGACAAUAGAAUUUUUAGAAGUUGGAUCUCAUGGAAACAAUUGUCAGAAAUUUCCAAAAAGAGAAAUUUACAAUACAUGGAACGCAUGGAAGAAUUGAAUGCAUGGCUUGGUGAAGAAUUUCUUACUCUUCUCUUUGAAUCUCAUGAACAAGUGGAAUUGGUGUCUCGAGAAUUUCAACAAACUUUAUUAACGUUGGGAAGUAAUGAUGUCGUGCAAACCAAUACUCUUACCAAUGAUCCAAGAUAUUUAUGGAAUCAAGGAGUGACUGGAAAGGAUCAAAUUGUUCAUUUGAUUGAUUCUGGUUUGGAUGUGAAUCAUUGUUACUUUUCUAAAAAGGGUGGUGUUGAAGAUUAUUUUACAGUUCCAAAUGUGAAUAAUCGAAAAGUAGUGUUUUAUGAGAGAGCAAAAAUCAGUGGAGAUCGAGAAGAUAAAAACGGUCAUGGAAGUCACACAGCAGGAAUUAUUGCUGGAAAUCCUGAAGUUGGUGCCACUUCCAGUGAUUCACCCAUUCUCCAAGACAUUGGAAUCGCAAAAGAUGCUAAAAUUUACAUGACCGAUGCAGCCGUGAGUGCCUUAUUCUAUGUGGACAAUAUCACUCUCUAUUUGAACAAUGCAUUCAAAGUUGGCUCUCGAAUUUCCAGUAAUAGUUGGGGAAAUGUCAAUAAUUUCGAUUGUAUCUUUGAUUGUAUAUGUUUCGAGUCGAACAGUAAUCGAACGAAACCAGUCACUAACGAAUAUUGUUUGAAACAAUUUGGAAAAUUGUGUUGUCAAAUAGGAAAUGAUUAUGAUAUUAACUCGGAACGAGUGGAUGAAUUCUUGAACAAGAAUGAUGAAAUGAUUGUAAUUUUUGCAGCUGGUAAUAAUGGUAAUUAUGGAAAAGAGGGAUCUAUAUUAUCUCCAGCAGCUGCCAAAAACACGUUAGCCGUUGGAGCAUGUUAUUCAUCAUUACGAGAAUAUUCGAGAUAUACGCCUAAUGUGAAUAUUUCCAUUUAUAAUCAUGAAAAUUUGGGAUACUUUUCAGCAAGAGGUCCAACCUUUGAUAAUAGAAUUAAACCAGAAGUGGUUGCUCCAGGUGUUGCUAUUUGGAGUGCACGAACUCGAAAUCCUUUUUGUGAUACCACUGCAUUGAUUCAGAAAACUGGAACUUCAAUGGCUGCUCCAUCGGUUGCUGGUUCAGCAGCACUCAUUCGAGAUUAUCUCCUCCAAAACAAUAAGAAACGUCUCCUUCAAUAUGAAUUAAUCAAUAAGGCACCUUCUCAAACUCUGAGUGGAACAUUGGUCAAGGCAAUUUUAAUUCAUUCCGCUUCAGUCAUGAAUGGAAGUGUGAAAUUAGAUGGAGAUUUCUCCAAUGAUGAGCAUUAUGUGGCACUCUCUCAACAAGUGUAUCCCAACAAGUAUGUGGGGUAUGGAAGAGUGAAUUUGGGAAAUUUAUUGAAUUUUGAUGAGGUCGGACGAAAUUCACUCUUUUUAGUGAAUCGAUUUGAAUUGGAUACUUCUCAGAAAUUGUCACUAAAAUUUAGAGUCAAAUCAUUACCAACAGCAGCACCACUAUCCAACGCAGGUCUCAUUAAGGCAACUCUGACAUGGUAUGAUUUGAAAGGAACUCUUACUUCACCCACUCAAUCCUCAAUCAAACAAUUAAUUAAUGAUUUAAAUUUGUCAAUGGAGUUAAGAGAACAUGAUCAAGCCAAUAUAACAGUGAAAUGUGUUGGAAAUGGCAAAUGUGUGACUUCUCUUUCCAGUGAUACCUUUUUGAAUGAUGAUUUAGUGUUUGAUUCGGUCAAUAAUGUGGAAAGAAUUGAAAUGGUACCAAACACAAAUGACCUUGAUUUGAAAUUGAAUUCCAUUCUGACCAUUGUCAUUGAAGCUUCUCCAAAGAAUGUUGGAGCUCAAAACCUGAGUUUCAUUCUAAGUACAAGUCACGCAGAAACAGAAUUAGAAUUUAUUGGGUUUAGUGUUUCAGAUGCUUCCCUUCCACUCUCAUCUUACAUGUUACUCAUUCUCCUCCUCAGCACAUGGUUAAUGAUUUAA